UCUUUGCAAAAUGGUUGUUUCGAUUAUCUUGUGUUCUUUGCUAUUUUCUGCAAUGAGCUCUUUGAAUUCCCAGUGCUUUGAGCCUCCUCCCAGGCUCCCGGGCCAGAAGAUCGAGGAAUACUGCGAGAGUUUUCAGAUCAAUGCCGAGGCUGGGAACAUCCGGGAGUGGACGCUUCCCAUUGAAUGCGUGGGUUUCGUUCGUCGCUACACAACUGGUCCUCGAUACUUGCAGGACUUGAGUUUCAUGGCGGAUCAAGCUACGAAGCACGCCCAAAGCAUCAAAGUUCGUGACGAUGGCCGGGACAGCUGGGUGUUUGAUGUGGACGAGACUUUGCUAUCCAAUGUUGCUUACUUUGCCAAACACAACUACGGAGCUUCCAAGUUCAACCAGACCGACUUUAGCAUCUGGAUAGAAAAAGGCAAGGCCACAGCGAUCGUGCCAAUGAGAACACUCUAUCAUAAGCUCAUCAAAGCAAAGUGGACUGUUUACUUGAUGUCUCAGCAGCGAAAUGAGUCGCAGCGUGCAAUCACCGAGAAGAACUUGCGAGAUGUGGGCUACAGAAGAUGGAAGAAACUAUUUCUAAGUGCACCUCGGAGGCUAAACGUGGUUGAAGACAUAAACACAGCAGGAAACUCUAAAUGGUAUGGAGAAAUUAAAUCUUCUGGUGGACGGAUUCAAGCUACAGUUGGAGACAACUGGGAUACGGACUUUGAUCCAAAUCCUUUCCCUGGAAGCAUGGCGUUUAAAUCACCCAAUGCCAUGUACAACAUGGCCUAGAUCAUGUUAACGAGAAAUAUUUACUGUUUCUUGCAAGUGAC